ACAAAAAACAAAAAACAAAACAACAAAACAACAGCAAAACAACAACAACAACAACAACAACAAAAAACCCAAACAGCAACAGAAAAGCCCAACCCACUAAAAACCCACACCCCAUCAACUAAAUUCGUUCACAAUUUACAAUACGUAACGGUUUUACCAGUAUUUUGUACAUCAAUAAAUACAUAUGGUUUUUUUGUGUUAAAUAUGACAACGUACUUUUCAACAUGAGGAUACACAUCCUCUCCAGGUCCACCACUAACGUAAAAGAAAAAACAAAAUCAGAAAAAAAUAUAAUACAGAGGGAAAACCCGAACUCCAACUAAUGUGUAUUGAAUUCCGUAACACAUAUUUGUAGUCUAGCAAUACGACUGAUCGUGUGUUACCGCAAAGGAACUAGUUUCUAGUGAUGAGUGGUGAUUUGACAAUGACUGAUGGGCACACGUUCCCUCACCCCUGCGUCCAGUGUGACUGCCAUCAACAAUGUUAUCCUCUUUACACUAGUUGGUGCACCGAGCACACCGCUAACUAAUAGAACACCGCGGGCCCCUAUAGCAGAACGCAAAGCCUUGCAUUGAUAACGUGGAGACGAUACCACUUACUUGCUUCGCUCUGGCAGCACUGGCGUCGGUUCUCGACUCAGAAUUACGGAGAGGAAUACCGCACGAAGGCGACCCGAUCUGCGACCGUCUCCGAUUCAAUCGAUGAGUGUUGACGUAGAUUGAAAUCGAUAGGUCGACCUGCCAGACCAAUGCGCAGUUCUGGUGCAAAGCAUGAAUCUCUCGGAUGUUGUCACCAACUCCUUAUCGGUUCUAGCGACGCAACACACGUGGCGGGACAACCGCAGCGUCCUGGAGUACCAGACCAUCGUUCCGUCGGACAUCCACAUGGCCAAUCCGGCCGUGUUUGAAAACGGGACGAAUCAGACGAAUCUCACAGCAGCCUCAGCAGCUGCAGCAGGGGUGGGAAAUGACACCGUUGGUGACCAGUCGAUGUCCGUGGAGUCCAAGGUUGUCCUCAUCAUCCUGUACACCUUCACCACGGUGGCGGCCAUAACCGGAAACAUCAUCGCCAUAGCGAUAUUCGCGCGCGGGAAGAGGUCAAGGACGGAGCUGCGGCCGUUCCUGAUGAACCUGUCCGUGGCCGACCUGAUCGUGGCGCUGAUCUGCAUUCCGUUCACGACCACCUAUCAGCUGAUGGACGAGUGGGUGUUCUCCGACCCCAUGUGUCCGCUUGUCCAGUUCAUCCAGACAGUGUCCGUGACGGCCAGCGUGUCGACUAACAUGGCCAUCGGCAUCGACCGCUACUUCGCCGUCGCCCACCCUCUCAGGAAGCGCUUUACCUCAUCCAAGUCCAAGUACGUCAUCGUUCUCAUCUGGUCCAUUUCGUUCGCCCUAAGUGUCGUUCUCCUGUUCGUGGGUAAGACGAACAAUGACGAAGGGAAGACGAAGUGCGGCGAAACGUGGCCGGAGCCGUCCAAGUUUUGGAAUAAAGCGUACACUCUGUUUUUAAUGUGUUUGACGUACUUCACGCCUUUGUUGAUUCUGUGUGUGACUUAUUCUAUUGUCGGAAGGAUACUGUCGGUUCGGGCGAUGCCAGGUCACUCGGACGAGAUACGAGAUGCGGCACAGGUGAAAUCCAAACGGAAAAUUGUGAAAAUGCUCAUCACCGUGGUGCUGAUGUUUGGCAUGUGCUGGCUGCCUAUUCAUCUCUUCUUUUUGCUGGACGCGUUCGCACCGAACACCGUACCACACGAACACAAAGAAGCAUUGUACUGGGGUUGUCACUGGCUGUCCAUGGCCAACAGUUUCGUAAAUCCAGUCAUCUACGGCUUUAUGAACGAUAGUUUUAGAGCUGAUCUAAAACACAUAUUCUACAGUCUGCCGUGCCACUCCAGCUCACUAACAUACAGGCCCGGGGCGAGGCGCUGGAAGACUUCGGACAACGUGCGGGAUAUAUCAUACUCUCCAGCCUUGAGCGAGCCGAAACCCGUGAGCUUCUGUCUGACACAACGCGACAAAGACAGACUCUGGCAGAACGGGGCGCACCACUCCCUGCCCCUCCGAUGUUACCUCCAACCACACUCAUUGCCCUGACACCACCAGCAGGGCGGUUCACGCUUACCUUCAACAAGUGCUUCUUCUGCAGGCCGACUAGGAACAAGAACUAAGCAGAAGCCAUCAACACGUGCUUAUCAAGACGUCAGUGUUAAAAAACAAAAUCUAGACAGCCAUCAUCAAUGGACCCAGAAACCGCGAGCCUGGAUAUGAGAAUAAGGGUUUAAAAGUGCUUGUGUCCGUUCUUGGUUCAAACAUAGAGAUAUAUACUGGACGUCAGGAGCACCAGUUGAUUUAUCGUCUUGACUAUUUUUUUAAACAAGAGCGAAUCAAGUGUGUGCGAUUGACCGCGAUUUCACUUCGUCCAUGCAGCAAAGUGCAGAAAUUAGAAUUAGAAUCAGUGAGGCAAUACAAACUGCUGACCUGUAACUGCGUGUAAAGUGAAAACAAAUUACACACUUUAUAUAUUGAUAUAUUCUAUUUUCUCAAAACGUGUGUGGCUAUGCGGAUGUAUUGGAUUGGAGGCCUUAUGGCAAAUUCUGUGCAGACACAAAGAUACACAGAUGACUAUUAUAGGUCACGUGGGUCACGUGGGUCUCCAUGUGUUAUAAAAUGAAUAUGAAAAAACGAUGUCAAAGACUGAAGAAAAUGCAGGACAGCCUGUCUCCUAAUCCACUGUCAUCUGUGUGAGAUGAUGCACGGAAUGAUAACCAAGUGAUACACUAAACGGUAUACAAAUCAGUCAAAUACAGUGAAUAUGUUCAUACAUGUAUUAAAACACAGAAAUCAUACACCGGAUAUUAAACUGAAUAAUGACGAGAAUCCUGCAUAAAAUGAUACACAAAUAUAGAAAAUGAAUUGAUACAGCAAAUAGUACACUGGUUAAACGAACUGAUACAGCAAAUAGUACACUGGAUAAACGAACUGAUACAAGAAUGGUACACCAAAUAAAUAAAUUAAUACAGCAUAUAGUACACUGGAUGAAUGCACUGAUACAGGAAUGAUACACCAGAUGAAUGAAUUCAUACAGCAAAUGGUACACUGGAUAAAUGAAUUGAUACAACAAAUAAUACACCGGACAAAGGAAUUGAUACAACAAAUGGUACACUGGAUAAAUCAAUUCAAACAGCAAAUGGUACACUGGGUACAUGAAUUGAUACACCAAUGGUACACCGAAUGAAUGAAUUCAUACAACAAAUGGUACACUGGAUAAAGGAAUUGAAUCAACAAAUGAUACACCGGAUAUGUUUAUAGGUAUAGGUAACCAAAGAUAUACAAGUGUAAUAAUGAUACGAGUGGUACACCACAAUAAACAAAAUUACAAACGGAAGAAUGUCGUCGACUGUUACAUUGAAUCAUGAACUGAAUGCUACAUAAAACAAUAAUUUAAUAAUGAUACAAAGAUACACAUAUUCCAACAGAUCAGAAUUAAAUGUGUAGCCCCCCCCCCCCCUCCCCGCCACAAGCCAACAUCUGAUGUAUGGUAUGAUGUUUUGCUCAUGGAUAAACAAAACCUUUCGAAACAGGUUUCUUAUCUAUAGACCACUGUCUCUAUAGAGAAUGAAAUGUCUGUGUGAUUCAAAUGAUCAUAUUAGUGUCUUAAUGAUAAACCUAACCAGAUGUUGCAGAUUCAUUGCAGGAAAAAUCGUUUUAAUCAGAUUCAAUACAGCAAACAGUUUGUAAUCAGAUUCAGAACAGAAAAACAGUUCGUAGUCAAAUUCAGAACAGAAAAACAGUUUGUAAUCAGAUUCAGAACAGAAAAACAGUUUAUAAUCAGAUUCAGAACAGAAAUACAAUUUGUAAUCAGAUUCAGAAAAAAGAGUUUGUAAUCAGAUUUAUUACAGGAGAUAUUUUGUAAUAUAUGUUUAGCAGAAAUGUGCUUGGAUAAUAUGCUUGUUCUAUAGCGACAUAAUAUGGAAUUUGGUUCAAGCUGCCAGAGCUUAGACUGAUUGGACAAUGUAAAAGUUGAACAUGGAAAGAAGGUUGGCGUGGUGAUGUCCGUAACGAAAUAAGUGCAAUAUAAAGAUAUGGUUCACCCAAAAGCCUCAGGAAAAACGUUUUUCGCCAUGGAUCCAGGAUAGCAAUAUUUUCAAACACUAAACUGAUGGAUUCACGUUUGGAUAUACUUUCUCAAUGAUAUGAUACGUAGUUUGGAAUUACCGACAAAGAGCAUAACCGGAUUGUCAAACAGAAUUUCAGAACUGGAUCAUCAUGGGGAAAGAUCCCAAGGCAAGAACUAUUGUAAACUGGGCCAAGUCUAGCAGCAUUGUUAGAAUCAUUUGGUAUAUGCUAGAAUCAACGUGACACCUUUGAUUCUUUUCACAGCUCCUGAAAGUGCUUAAAACUUUGAAUCUCUGUUAGUCUAGAAACGAACCUGCUCAAAUGUCCAUCGCAGAUUUGCGGCCAACUGUGUUAAGAGACCACUUUAAUAUUAACGUGAAACAUGGCUUAUUAUAUAUCACCAGUAUUGAGCUCCAACAAUGAUUCCAGAGGUUAUUUUUCACAUCACUUCUUUUCACAAGACAUACUUCAUAGUCACAGUCAUAAUUACGAACAUAUUAUAAUAAUGGUUAAAGGAAAAAUUAGUUUAUGUUUAACUACACAUAAUUUAUUAAUCACCGGCUAUUGGAUGUCACAUAUUUGGUAAGAAACAUUGGGAACAAAAUCGCUACAUUUUCCCUCUAAAACUAUAAUAUAAUUAUGUUACAAGUACCAAAUGUUUGUCAUUCAGUAUCCGAUGAUUAAUAAAGCAGUGUUCUCUAGUGGUGUCGUUAAACAAAAUAAACUUUAUCUUAUAACAUAUGUUACAGCACAUUGACUGAUUCGCAAUGGAAAGACAAUCGCUUUGAUAAAAUAAAAUAUAUUUCGUUGUGUAAGAACACUAAUAACACCUCUAAAACACCAACCAAAGUAAAUAUAUGUUUGUACGGAAUAUCAAUAGUUUCAGCUACUAAAAGGAAAAACACAUCUCCUUCGCUUUGUGUCCACAGACCAGUACAUCUGACACCUCUGUGACAUCGGUUAGUGGACUUGAUCAUAGUUAAGCAAAACAAACAUUUGAUGACUUACAACGAAUGCGAUUCUGAAAUCCAUUACUAUAUCGAUAUUGAAGGUAAACAAAUAUUACCUUGUUUUAUCAUGGUUGUAAUUAUUACAAUAUAGCAGAACACGAAUAUAACGCAAUAUAAUAUAUUAUAGUCCUCGCCAUGGAUAUAUGUUUUAGUAAUAAAAUUGUUGAACGUUAUUUAACACAAAGCUAAA